AUGCUGCUCGUUGAACUGCCAGUCGAACUGCUGAUAGAGAUCAUGUAUCAUUUCGAGGAAAUCGCGUCCGCCCUGAAAUUGUCGGCCACGAAUCGCAUGAUGCGCGCGAUCUGGCAUGAAAACACGACGUCCGUCGUCCAGAGCAUGUUUGAAAUCAGACCCGAAGAUGUGGAAGUCACGCUAGAGCUUUGCGAGAUUGAAGAAGCAUCCAUCGCAGCAGCGGCGGCGGCAAAACAGGAGGGCAUCGUCGACGGCUUGAUGACGGAUGCAGAUGACGAUGACGAUCAGGAUCAGAAUGCAAGAGUGCGUCGCACUCUUUUCCGACUUCAACGUUCGGCUGAUGCGGUCGCGAGGUUAAAGAAGGAGGUGAAAGAAGUCUGGGACCAUGGGUUUAUUGACGGGGUAGUUCAUGUCGAUGCGACUUGGAAUGAGGAGAUUUGCUACCCCGUCACCAAUUCGGAUUAUUGGCAAGCAUAUACCAGAAUUCUGCGACUCGCCGUAGCCUAUCAGCAUGAGCAAUUCCUUCCGGCAGCGUGCGAGUCCAUGUGCGAUAGCUCCGUCGCAGACAUGGACUUUCUGUGGAAAAUCGAUCGAAUCCUUUACAUCCAAUGUGAUGACAGUAACACUUUGCGCCAGGAAGAUAAGACGUCGCCCGGCCAAGAUUACGACUGGUGGAAUCGUCCGCCAUCUCCUGCGUCCUUCUAUAUGCCGACCUCUUGGGAUUUCGCCUUGGAGACCAUCGCGUUAGAGUGUGAAUGGUGCCUUGCCGGUCAAGAUGCAGAGCAAUGCAGAAUGGCUUUUGAAGUGCAUCAUCAUCAUUAUGGCCAGGAAUUGGUCGCUGAGAUGUACGGUGCUGAUAGGACCCCUUGGAUGAAAUGGUCUGGGUUGGCAAAACGGUGGGAGAAUUCGAUCCUUGAUGCUUGA